GGAUCGCGCACUGAAGGAUGGUACCACGUCUUCCCUGGUGAGAAUCUGAGGACAAAGACUUUGCCCACCAUGAGUGUCACCCCAAAGGUCAAGAGUCGCGGGAUGAAGUUUGCUGAAGAGCAGCUGCUAAAACAUGGAUGGACUGAAGGCAAGGGCCUGGGCCGGAACAAGAAUGGCAUCACCCAGGCCCUCAAGGUGACGCUGAAGCAAGACACCCAUGGGGUGGGACAUGACCCUGCCAAGGAGUUUACAAACCACUGGUGGAGUGAUCUCUUCAACAAGACUGCAGCCAGCCUGGUAGUGGACACAGGGAAGGACGGAGUGCAGAACAGUCGUCUUUCCACGGAGACCACCCAGCGUAAUCACCCCAAGCCCAAUCUGCUGUACCAGAAGUUUGUGAAGACAGCCACACUGACCUCAGGUGAGGAGAAGCCUGACAGAGCGAGCAGCAGUGAUGACAGCCAGGAGUCUCUGCCUCCAAAGAUUCUGACUGAUGAGAUGCUACUCAAAGCCUGUAAGGGGUGAACGGCACACAAGGCUGCCCGGAUUGGAAUCACAAUGAAGGCCAAACUUGCUCGCCUGGAGGCCCAAGAGCAGGCCUUCCUGGCUCGGUUCAAAGGCUCAGAGGAUGUGGGCACCUCUCAACCACAGACUGACAGGGAGCCCUCCCGAAAGAAGAAGAAAAAGAGGAAACAGAGAGAGGAGGAAGAGGCUGUAACACCUGGAAAGAACGUAGGUGAGGCACUUCUAGAAUACACUGACCAGAGUGUUAAGAAAAGCAGGAAGAAGAAACGGAGGCGGAAAGAAGAGAAAGAGGGAAUGGCUGUAGGAAGUGAGGAGAAAGAGGCUGAAGGAGAAAGUGGGCCUAGAGAGCUGAGCACAGUGCAGUCUGAUCAGUCAUCUAGGAAAAAGAAGAAAAAGAGGAGGCAGCACCAUGAAGAAGAGGGGGAGAUGGAAGUCUGUGAUAAAGGAGGAAGAAAUGUGACAGGCAGGCCAAAGGCAAUGGACAGUGGAGCAGGCACAAACCCAUGGAGAAGCAGCAAGAAGCUGCAGCACUGUGGGGAGGACUUGGACACCCAAGAUGAAGAAAGGAAGGAUGGCCUAACAAAAAGAGAGAGAAAAGUCAGAAGAGGAAAGAAGAAAAGACGGAAGUGUCUUGAGGAGGUGGUCUUGGAUGUAAGCGAUAAAGAUAAUGAUGGCAGGACUUGGGAAGUAGAGAAUGAAGGUGAGAGAAGUCAGGCACAUGCAAAGGAGAGAGCUGGCAUCAACACUGACCAGAGAGCCAAGAAGAAGAAGAAACAGAAGAGGUCUCCACUGCAGCCCUGCUGA